AUGGAUUACAGUCGAGAAACCAGGUUUUCCAGUGGAGACGUUGUGCAGGUAAUCACUGGAACCCCACGAAAUGGUGGUGUUGAGAAUUGGGUUCCGGGGUUGGCUGACCAGGCAGUCUGGGCAAGUGAGGAGGAUUAUCGGGUUUGGAAUAGGGAGAAUUCUGUUGAUACUACCUCCAAUUCGAAUUAUGAUGGAAGGCAAUCCCAAACAAGGUCUGGAAGCGAGCCACCCAACAAGAAAUCGAGAAAUGCCCAAUCGGGGGAUUUGGCGUCUACUAAUAGAUCGAAAGCAAUAGGAAAGAUGUUCUUUAAGACCAAACUAUGCUGUAAAUUCCGAGCAGGGACUUGCCCUUAUAUCACCAACUGCAAUUUUGCUCAUAGUAUUGAAGAACUUCGAAGGCCUCCUCCUAAUUGGCAAGAAAUUGUGGCUGCUCAUGAGGAAGAACUACCAGAGUCAAUUGAGCUGAGGGAAGAGUUUCAGAUUCCAUCAGUUGGGUCUGAUUUUGUCGGCGAGACUCAGAGGUCUUAUAAAGGGCGACAUUGCAAGAAGUUCUAUACUGACGAGGGCUGUCCAUAUGGAGAUAGCUGUGCUUUUCUUCAUGAUGAGCACUCCAGAACUCGGGAAAGUGUGGCAAUAAGUUUGGGUCCGGGGCCAGGUGGUGGGCACGGUGGUGGUGGUGGUGGUGGUGGGAGUGGAACAACCCUGAAGCCUUCGAAUUGGAAAACAAGGAUUUGUAACAAAUGGGAGUUGACAGGGUAUUGUCCAUUUGGAAGCAAAUGCCAUUUUGCUCACGGGGUUGAAGGUACGGUUUUCUAG